AAUGGGUUUCUUUUCGUUCCUCGGACGAGUCCUUUUCGCUUCUCUCUUCAUUCUCUCCGCCUGGCAAAUGUUUAAUGAUUUUGGGGUUGAUGGUGGGCCUGCGGCAAAGGAGUUGAUACCCAAACUUGCCGUUGCUAGGAAGCACCUAUCCUCAACAUUAGGGUUAGGAAUACCUGAUAUAGAAGUUAGACAUAUUGUUGCAACUACUAUCUUUCUGAAAGGAAUUGGAGGUAUUUUAUUUGUAAUUGGCAACACCUUUGGAGCUUUUCUCCUGCUUGUCCACUUGGUGCUUAUCACCCCACUUCUGUUUGAUUUCUACAACUAUGGUCCGAUGGACCCUGAAUUUGUUCCUCUCUUAAAUGAAUUCUUGCAGAACAUUGCACUUUUUGGUGCAUUGCUUUUCUUCAUAGGAAUGAAGAACUUAAUUCCUAGGAGGCAACUCAAGAAGAAGACUCCGAAAGCAAAAACAGGUUAGGUACACCAGAGAAGCUAUUUUCCACUGUUGGGAUUGUUCUUUCGGGCAUGCCCAAGAACUUGGGGUUACCACUGUCAAUGCAGCAUCAGAUACUGUUUUUUGGAGUUUUUUCAAGUCAAGGACCCAAAAUUUUUAUAUUCUUUUCCUUUUCUAGAGAUUGUUAUGCUGACAGUCCCUGCUCACAGGGUAUAUUGUCAUUUUGGAAAGUGAAUGGAUAGCAACAUAUUUCAUUGCUCUUAGCACAAUUAGGAUUUCAUACUGCAAUUUUCGCUGAUCAUGGAUGAUAAACUGCCAUGCUUUUUAUUUGUAGAUUAAGAUCUUAGACAUUUUGUUAGUAAGUCUUGAAGCCUUUA